AUGUCUGGAAUUAGUAUUAGGUUAGUAUUUGGGUGGUUUUGUUGUGUUCUGGUGGAGCUUAGUGUGGUUUUGACUAGUACAAAUAACAACAUAGCCCAAUCCAACUAUAUUCAAUCUAGUUUUAAGCUAAUGGCCGCCUUAAAAGAGUUUGGACUAGUUAACGAGACAUCCAACUACACUUUGAUAGAAGAGGGAGAUGAAAGCAACAUAAAAACCCGCACUAAAUGGACUCUUAACUUCGCAGCAGCAAAUGGAUCACAUCUUGGCAAUACACUUAACCCGUGCACUGUUGGGUUGAUGGUCAGCUCGGAUAUUACACUCCUGACAGAGACAAAUACAGGAUUUGAAGAAAGGAUUCAAGACGAGAGUCCGGCGCGGAUUGUAAUAGACAAAGAUUUCAUCGAGUUCUCGGGGAGAGCAACAGACAAAGAAUCCCGGCCGGCCAAAGCCCUAUUACUCCUAUUACAAGCCAAAAAUCCGCUCGAGAUCCGAAUAGAAUGGAUAGAUAACAGCAAUUUGUCAACCAGUUAUUCCCAAUGCAGUGCUUGUUUCAAUUCAGCACGCACUAUCAGUCUAGUAGAGACAUACACGCUUAAAUUCCAUACUAUUAUACAAGACGAUCUCAGCUUGUGGAUGACAUUAGCCGAAAAAAUCAGGCAAGAAUGGGGUGUUGAAGUAUUGGGUCUGAACGAGUGUUUAUGGAAGGAAAAAGAAGAUACAACCAAAUUAAGACGCGGCCUAAAACGGAAACUAGCCCAAUAG